GUUCUUAAAGAUUAUCGAUCAACAAUAUCGAAAACAGAUCGUCAACAAUGUCAUUGAAUUCAUUAUUUCCAUUUGAACAUGAUAUGCAAGAUGAAUCAAACUGUUCAGUUUUUUAUUGUGGCAUUAAUUUUUGCAGUGACCGUGAAUUGUGACCGUGAAAAUCCACAAAAUCCCUUAGGAAAAUUUCUUUACGAAGAUCUGAAAUGUUUCGCAAACUUAGAUAACACCACAAACCAGCCUAUAUAUUACAAAUGCACCGUGAGUGCGAAGGACUCCUGCAUUUUCGAAGGAAAAAAAUUGUCAGUUAGUGAAGAGAUUAAAGACGAUGGCACUCACGUCUACUGUAGAUCACACUGUUCAUGUAACGACGAUGGAACAUUCGACUGUGCGGAAGAUGACUGCAGUGAAGAAACACCUGUUAAUUGCCGGUUAAAAGAUACGUUGACUGAGUGUUGUUCAGUAGUAGACUGUGGUCCAGUGAAAGCUAAUUGCACAUACAACGGAAAAUCUUAUGAAGAAGGCAAAACAUUCCGACCAGAAAACAGUUGCCACACUUGUCUUUGUCAAGAGGGAUUUUCAGGAAAAAUCGAACAACCCCAUUGCAUAAAAAGAAGAUGCCUAGAACAGAUUUUCAACAUGGACAAACUACAACGUAAAUGUGCAGCUGUUUAUUUUCUUGAAGACCUCUGUUGUCCAGCCACUUGGGUUUGUGACGAGGGUCAAAAAAUAGAAAAAAUCGUAGAAAAUACCAAGACACAAUUAACUUGCAGUUUUGGAGAUAAGGAAGUUCCUUUAGGGCAUGGCUUUGAAGCAAGUGUUAGGCCAUACUCAACGAUAGUGAGAGUCAGAUGUGAAUGUUCUCUACCACCAUUGAUAACAUGCUUAGAGCUUCCAAAAAACAAAUAAUAAAGAAAUGACGACUUGAUAUUUACGUUACUUUUGUUCAGUAAAAAUGAUUGUUGAAUUUGA